AGCCAGCAACAAAAGAGUCCAAACAACGAAAUUUCCAGCACACUCUGCUCUCCCAAUACCAUCACCAAUCCCGCCAUGUCCCUCGUAGCGACAGCUCCCCCCUCCGACGGCCCUAUCAUCGCUGAAGUCGACAUGGGUGCCGAUUCCUCUGCUCCCGUCGUUAGAGCCACCGUCGUGCAGGCUUCCACCGUCUUCUACGACACUCCCGCCACUCUUGAUAAGGCUGAAAGACUGCUAGCUGAAGCAGCUGGGUAUGGCGCUCAGCUAGUUGUGUUUCCUGAAGCUUUCAUCGGAGGCUACCCUAGGGGUUCGAAUUUCGGAGCUGCCAUCGGGAACCGAACCCCAAAGGGAAGGGAAGAGUUCCGCAAGUAUCAUGCUGCAGCCAUUGAUGUACCUGGUCCGGAAGUGGAUCGUUUGGCUGCCAUGGCUGGGAAGUAUAAGGUGUUAUUGGUGAUGGGAGUGAUAGAGAGGGAUGGAUACACACUCUACUGCUCGGUUCUGUUCUUCGAUGCUCAAGGUUAUUACUUAGGGAAGCAUAGGAAGAUGAUGCCUACGUCAGUUGAAAGAAUCGUCUGGGGGUUUGGAGAUGGAUCGACCAUUCCUGUUUUCGACACUCCUGUGGGGAAGAUAGGUGCUGCCAUCUGCUGGGAGAACCGAAUGCCCCUCCUAAGGACUGCCAUGUAUGGGAAAGGUAUUGAAAUCUACUGUGCACCUACAGCUGAUUCGAGGCCAACUUGGCCAGCAUCAAUGACUCACAUUGCUCUCGAGGGUGGAUGUUUUGUGCUGUCCGCAAACCAAUUCUGUCGUCGCAAAGAUUACCCUCCCGCCCCUGAGUAUGUGUUUGCAGGGACAGAGGAAGAGCUCGACCCGGAUUCUGUUGUGUGUGCUGGAGGCAGUCUCAUUAUAUCUCCAAUGGGGACGGUUUUAGCUGGACCUAAUUACGAAGGAGAGGCACUGAUAUCUGCUGAUUUAGACCUUGGAGAAAUUGCAAGAGCAAAGUUUGACUUCGACGUGGUGGGGCAUUACGCUAGGCCUGAAGUUUUGAGCUUGACUGUUAGAGACCAUCCAACGACUGCAGUUACAUACACUGCAUCAUCAGCUGCUGCAAAAACCGAAAGCUCUCAGAAGAAGUAAAAGUCUGUUUUCAGGUCAUCAGCCGUUUGAGCUGUUUAAUUGGAUGGGAGUAAGCCAAGCCAUCUCACGUUAGUGGCUGAUGUAUGAUGAAAAUAAGGGUCCUUGUUUGUAUAUUAGCUUCAUGUUGUACCAUCGAUCUGUCGUGAGAAACUUCUCUUGUUGAUUCACUGUGGAUGACAGUUAAACUGUUCAAAAUGCUUCAAGUCAGCUGCUUUGCUUGUCUGCGUUUUUUAGAUUUCAUCAGUAAUGUCAGGAGCAAUCAAAUGUGCUAAAGCUUCCUUAGUCAUUUGAUCGAGAAUCAUUCAUAUCUUGCGUGUAUUCACAAUUUGAUGUUUUCAACUGGAUUGCUUAAGGACCACCCUCUGAACCCAGUUACCUUCAAGUCCUCAACUACUGCAGAAUCCAACAAGCCAAUAGCAGAAGGUUCUGAAAGACAAGAGCUGCAGAGUUUCCUGGAGGACUCUUUCCUGAGGUAGACCAUCUAUAACUCUGUACAAUGUUACUAAGGACCGAGUGUUGUGUGCCUUCCAGGGUUAGGCACAUUGAACUUGAACCAGAAAAAAAGCACUUGAGAAUUCCUGCCAUAGCCAUUGUCUUUUUGUAUCAGAUCAAUUCUUGUGACAAACCAUAUAAAGAACGAUUAUCUCA